AUUUUUUGAGUUCCAAGCUGGAACGACGUGUAACAUAAAAAAAGUCUGUUCCAUAUAUUUUGGCACAGACGAAGGAAAACGAAGAAAUUUUAGCUUUUUUUUCUUUUGGAAAACACGCGAUUUAAACUUCACUUUAAGUAAAAGUGAUUAGUGUGAUUAUUUAGUGUUGUAUUCGGCUCUGAUCGUUUGUAAAUUGGAAUUGUUAUCGUUGUGGACCUCUUAUAAAGAAACGCAAAAAAACCAACUAAAAAAAAUAUCGAAUAUUGCAAAACGGGCUAUGAAUUUAUUAGAGAAGAGGGCAACGACGCGAUAUUAGAUACAAGAAGAAAAAAAAUCGUUAAAAAGAAACGCACACCUUAAAAUCAAUGAACCUUUUCUGAUUUUAUAUUAACAUCAUCUGCUAAAGGAUUAUUAUACCUACAUAUUGAUUUUUCAACAACUUUUAGUUAAAAUUUUUAGUUAAUUUUUAUAUAUUUUUUUUUUGUUUGCAAAAAGUUCAAAUCCCUUUUAAAACUCACAUACACAAUAUUAUAUUAUUAAAAUGGCCAGUGAGAAGGUAGAAGAAAUUGUUACUGGUGAUGAACCCUUUUUGGGCACACUUGAUAUAGCACUUCUGGUAGUACUGAUAGCGGGAGCAGCAUGGUAUUUCAUGCGUAGUCGCAAGAAGGAAGAAGAACCAAUACGUUCCUAUUCCAUACAACCUACCACAGUUAGCACAACGACUAGUGCCGAUAAUUCAUUUAUUAAAAAAUUAAAGGCCUCAGGUCGUAGUCUAGUCGUAUUUUAUGGUUCUCAAACUGGCACAGCUGAGGAGUUUGCUGGCCGUUUGGCUAAAGAAGGUAUACGCUACCGUAUGAAGGGUAUGGUAGCCGAUCCUGAAGAAUGUGAUAUGGAAGAAUUACUUCAAUUGAAAGAUAUUUCCAAUUCGUUGGCUGUGUUUUGUUUGGCCACCUAUGGUGAAGGUGAUCCCACCGAUAAUGCUAUGGAAUUUUAUGAAUGGAUUACAAAUGGUGAUGCCGAUUUAACUGGUCUCAAUUAUGCUGUAUUUGGUUUGGGUAAUAAAACUUAUGAACACUACAACAAGGUGGCCAUAUAUGUUGAUAAACGUUUGGAGGAAUUGGGUGCCACUAGAGUGUUUGAACUUGGUUUGGGUGAUGACGAUGCCAACAUUGAAGAUGAUUUCAUUACAUGGAAGGACCGUUUUUGGCCUACAGUCUGUGACUUCUUUGGUAUUGAAGGCGGCGGCGAGGAAGUACUAAUUCGCCAAUUCCGUUUAUUGGAACAACCUGAUGUACAACCCGAUCGCAUUUAUACUGGUGAAAUUGCCCGUCUACACUCUAUGCAAAAUCAACGACCUCCAUUUGAUGCCAAAAAUCCCUUCUUGGCUCCCGUCACUGUCAACCGUGAAUUGCACCAUGGUGGUGGCCGCUCAUGCAUGCAUAUCGAAUUGAAUAUUGAAGGUUCUAAAAUGCGUUAUGAUGCUGGUGAUCAUGUUGCCAUGUAUCCUAUCAAUGACAAAGACUUGGUUGAAAGAUUAGGCAAAUUGUGCCAAGCUGAUUUGGAUACCGUUUUCUCAUUGAUUAACACCGAUACCGAUAGUAGCAAGAAACAUCCCUUCCCCUGUCCCACCACUUAUCGCACUGCCUUGACUCACUAUUUGGAAAUAACUGCCAUACCCAGAACUCACAUUUUAAAGGAAUUGGCUGAAUAUUGUACCGAAGAGUCUGAUAAGGAAUUUUUGCGCAAUAUGGCUUCAAUAACUCCCGAGGGCAAGGAGAAAUAUCAAAGUUGGAUUCAAGAUUCUUCCAGAAAUAUCGUACAUAUUUUGGAGGACAUUAAGUCGUGCCGGCCACCGAUUGAUCAUAUUUGUGAGUUAUUGCCACGCUUGCAACCACGUUACUAUUCGAUUUCGUCGUCCUCCAAGCUCUAUCCCACAAAUGUUCACAUUACUGCUGUGUUGGUACAAUACAAAACACCCACUGGUCGUAUUAACAAAGGUGUAGCCACCACCUUCUUGAAGGAGAAACAACCAUCAUCGGGUGAAGUUAAAGUGCCUGUAUUCAUUCGUAAAUCACAAUUCCGUUUGCCUACUAAACCCGAAACUCCUAUUAUCAUGGUUGGUCCUGGUACCGGUUUGGCUCCCUUCAGAGGUUUUAUACAAGAGCGUCAAUUCUUGCGUGAUGAAGGCAAAGUUGUUGGUGAUACCAUACUCUAUUUUGGUUGUAGAAAGAAGAGUGAAGAUUUCAUUUACAAAGAAGAAUUGGAGGAAUAUGUUGAAAAGGGUACAUUGACAUUGAAAACAGCCUUUUCACGUGAUCAGGAGAAGAAAAUCUAUGUGACACAUCUAAUCGAAGAUGAUGCCGAUUUGUUAUGGAAGGUUAUAGGCGAAAAUAAGGGUCAUUUCUAUAUUUGCGGUGAUGCUAAAAACAUGGCUGUAGAUGUUAGAAAUAUUUUAGUUAAAAUUUUAUCAACCAAAGGCAAUAUGAGCGAAGCUGAUGCUGUGCAAUAUCUUAAGAAAAUGGAAGCACAAAAACGUUAUUCGGCCGAUGUAUGGAGUUAAAUGAAGAAAUUAUCAUGUUCAUCCGUUUUAAGUCAUUUUGGGCCCUGAAAGCCUUACAGUAGAAUCUUGUAUUGUUUUGCCAUGGCUCUUUAACACUGAAAUACACACAUCAUUCCUAAAUAAUACAAGGAGCCAUCAUUCAUUAAUAAGCCCGGCGGCUUGUGUAAUUUUAUCAAAAUUCUACUUCAUGACUUUACUUCCAUUUUGUAUGUGUGUGCUUUUAUUUAACAAUUUAAAACUAUUAAAACAAUUUUUUUAAUUUUUUAUUUUAAUUUAAAAUUAAGUGUAUAUUUUUAUUGUAAAAAAAUAAGAAAUUAAAAAAAGCUCUUCCGGUUUGGGAAUAUUUUCCACUUUUUUAAAUUGACCAUCAUUAAAUUAAACCAUUAUUUAAUUGAAUAAUACAUAAAUUUUUGCUUUAAUUUUGAACAAGUGUAAAAUACACAUGAUACUAUUUUUAUAACGCAAAGAUUUUUUAUUAGUGUUUGAAUGUUUUAUUUUACAUAAAUAACUAAAAAGAAGAAAUGAAAAAUAAAUUUAUAUAUUUUUAUAAAAAUAUAAACAAA